CAACGAUAAGAUGGAUAAGCAUCCCUGCCUUGUCGUGAGUCUCCAAAAAGGACAGGCCCCCAGGUGCCCCCAGGUGCCCCCUAGUCCUCUAAAAGCCAAGUCAAGCCCUGCAAAGCCGGUUCAAACAUGUGCUCUCGCGCUAAGAAGCACUGGUAGACCCACAAAAAAGAUUGAAUCCCGAGGACUGCGGAUGGCCUCCUGCCGUUCCCCCUCCAUCAUCACCCGCCAACUGCACACAACACAUCCCACCCGGCAAAUCGAUCUUGUUCGCACAACACAGCGGCCAACUGCCUACAAGACUCCCAGCUUCUGCGAGAAGCCACUGAGACAACCACGGUUUGCCAUAUUUGCCCUGCACCGCGACCAUGUCGGCUGUGCAGUCGGCGAAGCGACAGAAGAUCUCCCACGCAUCUCCUGGUCCAGCGUCACCCUCGGCCGCAUCCCCGCAGUCUUCUGAGGGCUCCGAUGCCUCGGACGUUGAGAAUGAGGAGAUAGGAUCUGCUGAAGAUGCCCAGGCUUCCAAGACCUUCAAGGACCUGGGCGUCGUCGACACCCUCGCCGAAGCAUGCGCAUCGCUGAAAUACGAGCAUCCCACUCAAAUCCAGGCCGAGUCGAUCCCCGUCGCCCUACAGGGUAGAGAUAUAGUCGGCCUCGCAGAGACGGGUUCCGGAAAGACCGCUGCGUUUGCCCUGCCCAUCCUGCAGAAGCUGCUCGACAACCCGCAACCCUUCUACUCCCUCGUUCUCGCCCCAACGCGAGAGCUGGCGUUCCAGAUCGGCAAGACGUUCGAGGCUCUGGGCGCAGUCAUACGAUUACGAGUCUGCACUAUCGUGGGAGGCAUGGAGUUCACACCGCAGCAGAUUGCCCUGGGGAAGAAGCCACACAUCAUCGUCGCAACUCCUGGUCGAAUUUUGGAUCACAUGGAGCGGACUAAGGGCUUCAGCCUGCGCAAUCUGAAGUAUCUGGUGUUGGAUGAAGCCGACAGGCUGCUCGAGCUCGAGUUCGGCCCCGUUAUCGACAAAAUCCUCAAAUUCCUGCCCCGCGAACGCAACACAUUCCUCUUCAGUGCGACGAUGAGCUCAAAGGUCGAGAGCUUGCAGCGGGCGUCUCUCCACGACCCGGUCCGGAUUAGCGUCAAAGAUACCAAGUACCAGACGGUCAAGACCCUGAUCACGAACUACAUCUUCAUUCCUCACAAGCACAAGGAUACCUACUUGAUCUACUUGAUGGCAGUCGAGUUCCCGGGCCGAUCGGCGGUCAUCUUCACACGCACCGUCAAUGAGACCCAACGGCUUGCUAUCCUGCUCCGUACAUUAGGACUUGGGGCCAUCCCCCUACACGGCCAGCUCAGUCAGUCGAAUCGACUGGGUGCCCUGAACAAGUUCAAGACAGGUAACAGGAACAUUCUCGUAGCGACGGAUGUUGCGGCACGUGGACUGGAUAUUCCAAAUGUCGAUCUUGUGGUGAACUAUGACUUGCCCGGUGACAGCAAGACGUACGUUCAUAGGGUCGGCCGGACGGCCCGAGCGGGCAAAAGCGGCCGCGCUCUCAAUAUCGUGACACAGUACGACGUCGAAGUGUUCCAGAGGAUCGAGUGGGCUCUCAGUGACAAACAAAAGGAGUAUCCUACUGAGCGAGAGGAGGUGAUGGUCUUCAAGGCCCGGGUCGAGGAAGCACAACGCCAUGCCAAGAACGAGAUGAAGAACCUCCACGCAGACCGAGACAGUGGCAGGAAGGGCGCCACGUUGAAGGGCCGCCACCGAUCAGCCCCAGCCGGAAAGGGUGGGAAGAGGCGGCGCGACGACAUGGAUGCUGAAGAGGGCUAGUCUCCCCCAAAAAUUAAAAAAUGAUGUAGCCAGACAUCAAGAAAAGCUUCAGUUCUAUUGAGAUUGGCUGGCGUUCUGAUUCAGCCGACUGGUUUCCGAGGCGGCUCCACCUUGCGGCUUCCGCAACAUUCUGUACACAGCCUUGCUCAGAAACUGUCUGCUUUUAAUUAUAUGCUUGUGCGUUCAAA